AUGAAACGCAAAAAAACUUCAUUCAUCAAGCGACACAUUCCAAUUCUUGAUUGGUUGCCAAAAUAUGAUAUCAAAGAAAAUUUGAUAAAUGAUAUUGUUGGUGGACUUACCGUUGGUUUCAUCCAUGUUCCUCAAGGAAUGGCCUAUGCUUCUUUGGCUGGUUUGAAGCCAGUUUAUGGACUGUAUACCAGUUUGUUUCCUGGAUUGAUUUAUAUGAUUUUUGGAUCUUCUAGACAUGUUUCACUCGGUUAGUGGUUUUUUGCAUUUGUUGAUUUUUAUUGUACAUAGAGCUUGCUUUCUUAUCAAUAUCAAAUUAUUGCUCUUGAUAAUAAUUGAAGUUAAAACAGAGAACAGAAAAGCGUUUGAAAAGAAUGACACCUGUUCCGGAAAAAAAACACAGACAACCAAAAAGCAAAACUCUUCCGGAUUUCACCGUGUGUAAUGUACUUUAGCAAACCGUUAGACCUCAAAAUUUUUGCUGUAGAUCAAAGAUAUUAUGUUUUUAAAAUAUUCCGUUUAUCAUCGUUGAUUUCAGUCCCAUAACCAAAAUUUUGUCAGGUUUCAAAAAAAUGUGGGAAAUUUUUCGAUCAUGGAACAUAUAUUUUCGGAAUCUUGAAAUUCUGAACUUGUUUCAACAAGUAAAAUUUUUUGAAAAUUGGAAAAUUACUGAUUUUCAUUCAAAAAUCCCAAUCCUAAAAUUUCAGGUGUUUUUGCAAUUAUCAGUUUGAUGUGCGGUUCAUGUAAUAUACGAGUAUCACAAGAAAUUAUGGACAAAUACAAUCUGACAUCAAUCGAAGAUCGACAAGAAAUAUCAGUCGAAAUCGUCAAAUCACUCGGUUUAUUGGUUGGAUGUUUUCAGGUUUCUAGUUUCUCUUCGUGAUAUUCGCAAACAUUUUUCUUAUUUUUCAGAUUUUAUUGGGAUUAAUAAAAGCGGAUUAUCUUAUAUCAUACUUAUCGGAUCAGAUUGUUGUUGGUUUCACAACGGGUGCGGCUUGUCACGUUUUCACGGCACAACUUAAUAAAAUGUUAGGGGUCAGUCUCCCAAGACAUACUGGAUUUGGUAAACUAUUCAGAGUGAGUUUCGAAAUAUUUUUGAUAUUUUUAAAGAAAUCAUAUGAGUUCUUUCAGAUUUAUCGCGAUUUGAUAAACAGUGUUAUGGAAGAUCAAGUCAACUUCUACACUUUGGCGAUCUCGAUCUUUACAGUCAUUUUUCUUUAUUCAUUCAAAUAUAUAAUCACUCCUAGAUGUUGUGCAAAAACCCGGUUCCCGAUUCCAUACGAUUUAUUUGUGGUUAGUUUUCCCCCUGCAAGAGCUCAAAUCAAAUUAAUAUAUUAUUUCAGAUAAUCGCUGGAACUGCUGCUUCUCAAAUAUUCUCUCUUCAUGACACAUAUCACAUCAAAAUUGUUGGCACAAUUCCAAAAGGUCUACCAGCGCCGAAAUUCCCAGACAUCAGCAUCUUCCAAUAUGUGAUUUCUGAAGCACUUGCAAUUGCGGUUGUUAGUGUUGUUGUAACUAUUUCGAUGGGAAAAGUGUUCGCGAAAAAACACGACUAUAAAAUUGAUGCUCGACAAGAGUUUUUUGCAUUGGGAAUGGUUGAAUCGAUCUCUUCAAUGUUCCCGGUUUGGCCAUCUUCGACAGCUUUAGCAAGAUCAAUUAUUAAUGAAAAUGCGGGAACAAAAACACAGGUAAAUUAAAUAAAUUUAUAGAGAAAGAUCAUUUCAAAAAUAUACAAAAAAUAAUAAUUUAAUUGAAAGCGCAACAACAAAAAAGCUAAAAAUAAUAAAAUUCCAGCUUUCUGCAAUCAUCUCAGCUACUGUUUUAAUUUUGGUCUUAUUCUUUAUUGGUCCUCUUUUGGAGCCUCUCCCAACGGUAAUUUGCACUAUUUUCCACUAUUUUUUCUCAACAAAAUUUUUUUUCAGUGUCUUUUAUCGUGCGUUGUAAUCGUUGCUUUACGUGGAAUGUUUAUGCAAUUGCAAAACUUCGGACCAAGUUUUUGGAAAUUUUCAAAAAUUGAUUGGAUUAUUUUCACAAUCACCUUCUUGGCAACUGUUAUCUAUGAUAUUGUUCCUGGUCUUUUCAUUGGUUUUAUCACUGGAAUUGCUUUUUCGAUUUUCAGAAUUCAGAGGUGAGCGCAGAAAGCUUUUUAGCGAAAAUAUAAUUAAUAAUCUCCUGCGAACUUGAAUCGCCUCCCAAUUUCUCCCCCGCUCAUAAUUGAUUUCCAUUUGGAAUAAAGUUCGCAAGACUUGCAAAACACUGGUUGAACAAUAUUUCGCACCCACCUAAAAAUAUUGGACUUUUCAAAUUUAAAUUCACGCUUAUGUUAGAAAAUCAAAACUGACCAGUGCUGAUUGUUAUCUAAACAUUGACAAAAAAUCCGAUCAGCCUCUUCUCUUGCAAUAUCAAUAUUAUCAUAAUUCAUAUCGUGUUCCAAACAACAUCUAUCAACACCUAAAUAAAUUUCAUUAUAAAAAGCACCCCUCUUAUUUUUAUGGCGGCAUAUACAUUUUGAAAUGAAGGAAUCUUCUUUUUUUGAUGAGCCUAAUUAAAAAUGCUCCUCAUUAGAUUGCAUUCAUUGAAAAAGUACAAUUUCGAAUAGAAAAACUUUGGCAAAUUAAAAAUAAUGAAUGUCAAACUUACCCGGUGUAUCUGACGGUAGUGAGAUAAGAAAUGAAAUUAGGUUUGUAGCUUUUCCUAUACCACAACUCCAACUUGAAACAAGUUGAAAUGUGGUGAAGAUAAUGAUCAAAGUUCUGAAGUGCAUUUGUUCUGAAAAACUAUAGAUUGUGAAGCUGUUUAUAUAUAAUUUUUUUGAAAUUCGAUACAGUAAAAAGUCAAAUGACUGAAUUUCAAUUCAUAUCAAAUGAACUUCAACCAAAAAUAAAUUGAGCUAUCAAAACAAAAAUGAAUUGUUUAUUUAAGUGAUUUUCUCACCUUUUUUGUUUUUAAGUGGCUUCCUAGAGUGAGAAGAAGAUUUGUAGACUCACAACAAUUUGUUGAACUAGAUUUGAAUUGAUUAGCCAAAGAAAACUUACAAUGAGCAAAAUAAAUCAAGUGAAGAAAAGUUCCGGUAGAAGAAACCGCGCCUACGUGUCGUCAUAUAGACUGUGUUGACCACUUGAGUACCUCAUAAUAAUGUGUCUGCCGUUUUCUUGAGCAACACAAAAAAACUAAAACACAAUAAAUAAAAAAAACGAAAUAAUAACACAAAUCUUAUUGCAACAAUAAACAAAUACACCUUUAUUUAUUAAUAAUUUUGCUCAAAGAAUGAAAUGUAUACCCUUUGAUGUGUUGAUUCAUAAGAUUUUGAACCCUUUUUCGUUUUUUUCUUCCUUUGGCUUUUCGUCCGAGUGUUAUUUAAUCAAAAAAGUGCAAUAGUACACAUGCACUUUUAUUUUUUUGUUUCCAAAAGUUGUGAUUCAUUUGGAGACAAUUUUCUUAUAUGUAAUCUUUGGUCUUAAGACGUUGCAUAUGAGCUUUGCAUUUUUUGUUGAACAUAUUAUUUGAAUAAUAAUUGGUGAACCCAUAUAGAAAAAAUGAAAACAAAAUAGUAUAAGGCUGCAGAUUUGAUGAUAAGUGAACGAUUUGAAAAACGACAUUCUCUUUGAAAAAAUGCAGAGGAAAGUAGAUGACCCGAUCUUAGAGGUGAAAUCGUCAGAUCUCAGAGAAAAAUAUUUUUGAUCUACCUGGAAAAGUUCUGAUAAUUUUGAGAACAAGGCUGAGUGUUGAACCUUGAAAAUGUCCUGUCUCUUGCUCAAUUUUUAAUUAGGCUCAAUUUAUCUAAUGUCCAGACUGUUAGAACACUGACCAUUGUAACACAAACAGGAAAAUCUCUAAAAAUCACAUAUUUCAACAACUUUAGCAAACAAUCAUGCGUCCAUCUUGUAUCCCAAAUAUUUUCGUUUUUGCAGAACUCAAAUAAUCGCCGAUGAAAACGACAUUGAAAGUUCGAAAGGUAUUCGAGUCACAUAUCCAAGUUCCUUGCUCUACUUCAACUGCGAUGUUUUCGAAAAAUCCUUCAACAAAAUCAUACAUACCCAAUUCUCCACAAAAGAUGAGGAAACUCAAAUGAUUGAUAAAGAUAGAAAUGUGGUUUUUGAUAUGUCUGGAAUUGGAAAUAUUGAUGUCUCCGGUGCAAAUUUGCUUGUCAAAUUGACUGAAAAUUUGAAAGAGCAACAUGGAAUCUCAUUCGAGUUGCAGAAUCUCACAGGUAUUUUUAUUUUGUUAUCAAUCAAAAAUAAUUUAUAAUUUUUUUCAGACAAUACCAAACAAUUCCUUGCAAAACAUCCGAGCUUCUCUCAAUUGAACGUUCAAUAA